CUGACUUCCGAGCUGUUAUGCAGUGUAGUUUGAUACCAGUUUACCGUCGUUUCAAAGGCUUUUACUGCCAUUAUCAUCAGAGCGAUGAGAACUUUGGUUUGGUUUGGUGUACUUUUUAACCACGGAAACUUUUUCUUCUAUUUUGUUUUUGAGAACGUGUGGAACUACCUACUGCUGCCUUCGACCACAUACAUAUUAGGAAAAAUAGUUUUAUUAACUGUAGAUUGUGUGCUAUCACCUGUGUAUUCAGUGGUUGAAAUAUCUGUAGUAAGAACUGCUACAAUUUCCACAGAUGAGUUGCCGAAUUGGGACGUAGAUUGAAAUGCUUGGUGCUUGUGUAAACGUAAGGUUAGAAGGAGAAAACGUUUUUGGGAAAUUGUUAGGAAUGCUGCGAUGUUAAAUUUCUUAAAUGAGAAUGAUUUAAGCAGUCUUUGUAGCUACAGUACUGUACGUAUGUGAGUGUUGAUGUAUGUGUGUCAUGCGCUUACAGUCUGUAUUGAAAUUGGUGAACACGCGCUUGGCAGUUUUUCCUGUACGAUUUUUUGAAACACGUCAGAAAAUGCAGAAUGCCUACAUUCGUUACCAGGAUGGGGCAGACCAGUUUCAGUUGUCUUUUCAACUAAAAAAUGAAUUGCUUGGAGUUGAUCGCCAAUUUAAUUUCAGUAGACAGUUGUCGGAAAAAGUAAACGACUUUCUAGCUAGAAUAACCAGCAGUAUUGAAAGAAAUGCAAAUAAAAAGAAAAAGAGGAAAGGGACCUGUGAGAAGGAACAAGAAGAAGAAUCUAGCAAAAUCCACGUCAAUUUAUUGCAUGGUGGAGAGGUAGUUUCUGGUGAUCAAGCAUGUAAGGACAUCCUAUUUGAUAAUGGAUUAUGUCUUCAGAUACUGGAUACAGUUUUUUCUGUAAUCUUAAAUGCACCAUGGGUUGCUUUGAUCACACUUCCAAGUAGCAUAAUGGCAGGGUUUCCUGCUUAUCCAUUAAAACUAGAAGUAUUAUUUGCUGAUAAAUCUGAUUGCAGUUUUUGUUGGUAUAAGAAUACCAGUGUUACAGUUGGGAAAAAAGUACCAGCAAACUGGGUUGAAGUAGGAUCUGGCUACUAUUUUGUACCCAGUAUAAGUGACAUAGGUUGCUUUCUGAAGUUGGUUUGUGUACCACAAAAUGGGAGUGUAUGUGGCCCUAUAUCUGAAGUUGUAUCGACAAAUCCUGUUGAAGCAGGACCAGGUGCGUGUCCAUUUGAGUUGAGACAUGCAUUUACAAAGGAAUGGCUUAAUGGACAAAAGUUCCGAGUUGUGUCGUACAAUAUCCUUGCUGAUUUAUAUGCUGACUCUGAGGUGUCACGCAAACAGCUGUAUCCAUAUUGCCCACCCUAUGCACUUAGCAUAGAUUACAGAAAGCAGCUUAUUCUGAAAGAAUUGUUAGGUUAUAAUGCUGAUAUAAUUUGCCUGCAAGAAGUAGAUUACAAGGUGUUUUCUAAUGACCUAAUUCCCACUUUGUCAUCUGUAGGAUAUAGUGGUGUAUUUCAUAAGAAAGGUGGAGCUGUUUCAGAAGGAUUAGCAUGCAUUUUUCAUAAAUCAAGAUUUAAGUGUGUGUCAUCACAUAACAUUCAUCUUGCUGAAGAAUUGAAAUCAAACCCAUUAUUUGCUGAUAUCUGGAAUAAAGUAAAAGAUUAUGAAGCUCUUGUAAGUCGAAUCAUUGAGAGGACAACCUGUUCUGAGUUUGUGGUGUUGGAUAGUGUGGAUGAUUCAAAUGAGAGAAUUAUUGUAGCUAACACACACCAGUACUUCCAUCCUGAUGCAGAUCACAUUCGACUGUUACAAAGUGGCAUGACUGUAACUUUCUUGGAGCAUCUUGUGGCACAGGCAACUGCAGAGAAUCAAGCGAAGAGGGUGUCCUAUGUCUUUUGUGGUGACUUCAACAGCACACCAGAAUGUGGUGUGUAUAGGCUGAUAACAACACAAUAUGUACCAGAAGACUGCAUUGAUUGGACCAGUAAUAAAGAUGAAGAAGUGAAAGGUGUUUCACUGUCACAUUCACUCCAUCUAGCUAGUGUGUAUGGUACACCAGAGUUCACAAACUUCACUGUGGGGUUUGCUGGUUGCCUUGACUACAUCUUUUAUCAGAGUAAUCGGUUAAAUGUUGACCAGGUGAUUCCUUUGCCCAGCAUUGAAGAAUUGCAGCAGUAUGUUGCUCUACCCAGCGUAGUGUUUCCAUCUGACCAUGUAGCACUGGUAGCAGAUCUGUCUUGGAAGUAGGAUUAUUGCAUUUUAUUUGUAGUACAGUGGUAAGAAUAUUCAUCUGUUUUAGAUCAUUGUCUUCUGGGUUAUUACAUGGUGUAGUCUUGUAGAUGGUUAUCAUUAUUUCUGUAGAACCUGUUGCUUCCGUGUUCAGUGCAGAAGUGAGUACAGGUGGAGUGUGGAGUUGAAACUAGAAGAUUUUGGAAAUCAGAGCCAGUGAUUGGGAGAAGAGGUAUAGAUUAUAUAAUCCAUCAAAAUCCUAGUCCUACUCACUUCUACCCAAAGAUGGAGACAUUUGUUCCCUCCAGACUAUUGAUAACCACCUACAUGACUACAUGGUGUCUCAUAAGUCAGAACAAAAAUGUAAACACUUAUCACCCUGAAACCUCGAAACUCAGAAUCAUCUGUGUGUUAACAUUGAUAUUUAUACUGUGUUACAUGUAAGUAGAUCAUUAUUUAGCCAGGAGUUAUGUGUAUGUUGUACAAUUUUGGGAAUAUUAAUUAAAGUAACAGACACCAUC